UUGCCUCGCUUUCCAGCUCGGCUCCUGUCAUGUGUCAGUGGGAACUGUGGCUUGCUUCCUGGUGCGAGGGAACGGCUGUCCUUCCCCGAUUCCUGCGCGAGCUGCGUUUCCUGGCUCCCAUCUCUUGGCAGCACUAAUCAUGCUGCAGCCCUCUCAGUUCAACCUGUCGCUUUCGCAGGGGAUCAGGCUGUUGUUCUACGGGCUGACCCCCAGCGAAUCCUCCUGCAGCGAGCUCGAGGAGGUGCAGGACUACGUGCAGCAGGCUACGCCCUACUUUAUUGGACUGAUGGUCAUAGAACUAAUAAUUACGUGGUUUCAGAAGGGUCAGAUGGUAUUUCGGGUGAAUGAUGCACUAACGUCCAUCAGCGCAGGAAUCAUCUCGAAGCUCCCAGAAUUAUUUGGGAGAGGCAUUGAACUGACUGGUUAUAUCUAUAUCUGGGAGAACUUUAGACUCUAUGUACUUCCUUGGAAUUCGCCUUGGACUUGGUGGUUGGCAUUUAUAGGAGUUGAUUUUGCUUAUUAUUGGCUUCAUCGAAUGUCGCAUGAAGUGAAUGUCAUGUGGGCAGCACACCAAGUACAUCACAGCUCUGAAGACUACAAUCUGUCUACAGCCCUUCGACAGUCUCUAUUACAGAAAUACUUUUCCUGGGUCUUUAACCUUCCAAUGGCUCUCUUCAUACCUCCGUCAGUAUUUGCUGUACAUACCCAGUUUAACCUGCUAUAUCAGUUCUGGAUUCACACAGAGAUAAUUGGUAACCUUGGGCCUCUGGAACUGAUCCUCAACACACCCAGUCACCACAGAGUCCACCAUGGCCGAAAUCCAUACUGCAUUGACAAGAAUUAUGCUGGGACUCUAAUCAUUUGGGACAGGAUAUUUGGUACCUUUGAACCAGAAAAUGAAAAGAUCAUCUAUGGCUUAACUCACCCAAUCAAUGCGUUUGGACCCUUCUGGGUGCAGUUCCAUCACCUCAUUUACAUUUGGAAGACAUUUUGGGCUACCCCUGGCAUUAGCAACAAAAUUUCUGUUGUCAUCAAAGGACCUGGAUGGGAGCCAGGCAAACCAAGACUUGGUUACCAUGAAGAUCUUCCCGCGGUUAGUGGAAAGGAGACUCCACACAAUCCCCAAAUCCCUGUAUGGCUACAGGUCUAUGCAGUGCUGCAUUUUAUCUUUAUUCUGUGCAUUUACUUGCAGAUAUUUGCCACUAAAUCAGUUGUAUCAGAAACAACAAUCCUCUUAGGAAUUGGUUAUAUCAUCCUAACACUGACUUCUAUUGGACUAAUGAUGGAGAAUAGAACUGAAGUAAAUAUUCUGGAAUUCGUCCGAUGCUGUGCUUUCCUCUGUAUUCAUGAACUGAGUUCCUUGACUGGCCCUUUUAAACUAGUGACUGAAGUUGGAUUUUCUUUAUGUUCGGUAUACUGGGGUUUACGAAGUGUAAUUAAAUUCUAAUGGCUACCAGUGGAUUUGAGAAACAGACUGAGGGUGAUCGUACACUGCAACGUGGUCAGUUUCCGCAUAUACGUACUUCAGCUCACCAGUCCUUGGACAGCAACAUGUCUUCAGUCAAAUUAAUAAUCAAAAUAUUGUAAAUUAUGGCAUUUUACAAAGGCAGAAGGUUUUACAUUGCAGUGUCUAUUAUAUAUACCAAUAGUACUAAAUCUUGCAAAAUUUGAGUAAAGGGCUUAUGCAUAUCUGGGAGUUUUUAUGUGAUUGAAUGACAGCACUGCAAUUUUUAUAUCAAAAUAAACUUUGUUCAUAAUGAUAAAAAAAUUUACAAGAAU